AGGCCGGGCCCGGCCGCGGUGCAGGGCCCGUCCCCGCGCAGGCCCCCGGCGCGGCGGGGCCUCUCGCCGUGCGCCCCAGGGGGGUCGCGCCGCAGGCCGGGCCGGGCCCCGGAGCGCGGGGAGAGCGGGGCGGCCCGGCCCGGGCUCCGGUGAUGCCUCAGCCCUGACAGCCCGGCAGGCUCCGGCCCCCGGUAGCCAGGGUGACCGGGACACCGCGUCCUGGCGUUACGGGGAGGGGCCGGAGAACAAACCCGACCCUCCCACAUCCUCCCUCUGCUCUGCUGGUAGCUGGAGUCUGUGGUGGUGUUACCCCUCUGGUUCCCUCUGGUACCCGCUGAAGACCUGGAUCGUCUGGCUAAUAAACAAACAUGAGUCAUCUGAAGUUGUUUGCAGCUGUGCUGAAGACGCAUGGCUUUAAACUUCUGGAAAAGCAGGAUAUAGCCAGAAGGGCAUUUGUACAUGGCCAACGCUAUGUUUCAUCAGGAACCUCAGAGCCAUUCCUGAGUGGGAGUAAUUCCAAUUACGUGGAGGAAAUGUACUAUGCGUGGCUUGAAAACCCUAAAAGCGUACAUAAGUCCUGGGAUGUGUUUUUCCGGAGCGCUAACGCUGGCCAAGCAGCCCAUCUGCCAGCUCAGGUGGAAGGCAAGGGCUCAUUCCUGCAGAGCCACGGCCUGGCCCCAACACCACCGGGGAAGGCUGAGAAGGUUGUUGAAGACCACCUUGCUGUGCAGUCCUUGAUAAGAGCGUACCAGAUCCGUGGCCAUCAUGUGGCUCAGCUGGACCCCCUUGGAAUUCUGGAUGCAGAUUUGGAUUCGUUUAUUCCAUCUGACCUUAUCACCACAAUUGAUAAACUUGGGUUUUAUGGUUUGCAUGAAUCAGAUUUGGACAAAGUCUUCCAGCUGCCAACAACCACCUUCAUCGGAGGAAAUGAGAACAGUCUUUCUCUGCGGGAGAUCAUCAAACGCCUGGAGCAUACCUACUGCCAACACAUUGGCCUGGAGUUUAUGUUCAUCAACGAUGUGGAGCAGUGCCAGUGGAUCCGUCAGAAGUUUGAGACGCCGGGAAUUAUGAAGUUCACGAACGAGGAUAAAAGGACUUUGCUGGCGAGGCUGGUGCGCUCCAUGAGAUUUGAAGAUUUCCUUGCUCGCAAGUGGUCUUCUGAAAAGAGAUUUGGUUUGGAAGGAUGUGAAGUAAUGAUUCCAGCACUUAAGACCAUUAUUGAUAAAUCCAGUGAAAUGGGAAUUGAAUACGUUAUAAUGGGAAUGCCUCAUAGAGGUCGGCUGAAUGUAUUGGCUAAUGUAAUCCGAAAAGAGCUGGAGCAGAUCUUCUGUCAGUUUGAUCCCAAACUUGAAGCAGCUGAUGAGGGAUCUGGGGAUGUAAAAUACCACCUGGGAAUGUACCAUGAGAGGAUCAACCGCAAAACAAACAAGAAAAUCACUCUGUCCCUGAUGGCUAACCCUUCUCACUUGGAAGCAGUUGAUCCUGUUGUGCAAGGCAAAACAAAAGCUGAACAGUUUUAUCGAGGGGAUACAGCAGGGAAAAAGGUUAUGUCCAUAUUAUUACAUGGGGAUGCUGCCUUUGCAGGACAAGGAGUGGUUUAUGAGACGUUUCAUCUUAGUGACCUCCCAUCCUACACCACAAAUGGCACUAUUCAUGUUGUGGUCAACAACCAGAUUGGCUUCACCACAGACCCGCGUAUGGCCCGUUCGUCUCCGUAUCCCACGGAUGUUGCUCGUGUGGUCAACGCUCCCAUUUUCCACGUGAAUGCUGAUGACCCUGAAGCAGUGAUGUACGUGUGCAACGUAGCUGCAGAGUGGAGAAACACUUUCAAUAAGGAUGUGGUCGUUGACUUGGUUUGUUACCGCAGGAGAGGGCACAAUGAAAUGGAUGAGCCCAUGUUCACCCAGCCUCUGAUGUACAAGCAGAUCCACAAGCAGGUGCCAGUGCUGAAGAAAUACGCUGACAAACUGAUUGCAGAUGGGACUGUGACACUGCAGGAGUUCGAGGAAGAAAUUGCAAAGUAUGACAGAAUAUGUGAAGAAGCAUAUACUAGAUCUAAGGAUAAGAAGAUCCUUCAUAUCAAGCACUGGCUGGAUUCACCUUGGCCUGGCUUCUUUAACGGGGAUGGAGAGCCCAAGAGCAUGUCUUGUCCUCCGACGGGCAUUUCGGAGGAGAUGCUGGCUCACAUCGGCAAUGUCGCUAGCUCAGUGCCAGUCGAAGACUUCAAAAUACACUCAGGACUCUCCCGGAUUCUGAGAGCCCGCUCAGAAAUGACCAAGAACAGGUUUGUUGACUGGGCCUUAGCAGAAUACAUGGCUUUUGGCUCUGUUCUCAAAGAGGGGAUCCAUGUCCGACUGAGUGGGCAGGAUGUGGAGAGAGGCACCUUCAGCCAUCGUCACCAUGUGCUCCAUGAUCAAGAAGUUGACAAGAGGACCUGUGUUCCCAUGAAUCACCUCUGGGAGCAGCAGGCGCCCUACACCGUGUGCAACAGCUCCCUCUCCGAGUACGGGGUCCUGGGUUUUGAGCUUGGCUUUGCAAUGGCGAGUCCCAACGCCCUGGUGUGCUGGGAAGCCCAGUUUGGGGACUUCCACAACACGGCUCAGUGUAUAAUAGACCAGUUCAUCAGCUCCGGGCAGACCAAGUGGGUUCGGCACAACGGCAUCGUCCUGCUGCUGCCCCACGGCAUGGAAGGAAUGGGUCCAGAGCAUUCAUCAGCCAGGCCUGAGAGGUUUCUGCAGAUGAGCAAUGAUGAUUCUGAUGCCUAUCCAGAAUUCACUGAGCAGUUUGAAGUUUCCCAGCUGUAUGAAUGUAACUGGAUUGUGGUGAAUUGUUCAACUCCAGCCAAUUACUUCCAUGUCCUCCGAAGGCAGAUCUUGCUGCCAUUCAGAAAGCCGCUGAUUGUUUUGACACCCAAGUCACUGCUGAGGCAUCCAGAAGCUAAAUCCAGUUUUGAUGAAAUGGUGUCUGGUACCACUUUCCAGCGUGUGAUUCCUGAGAAUGGACCGGCAGCUCAGGCACCGCAUGAGGUCAAGCGAGUGAUUUUCUGCACAGGAAAAGUCUACUAUGACCUUGUGAAGGAGAGAAAGAACCAGGACCUGGAGAAACAAGUAGCUAUAACCAGACUUGAACAGAUCUCACCAUUCCCCUUUGACUUGCUUAAAGAAGAACUUGAUAAGUAUCCAACUGCUGAUCUAGUCUGGUGUCAGGAGGAGCACAAAAACAGUGGAUAUUAUGAUUAUGUCAGACCUCGUUUCCGCACGAUUGUGAACCGCACUCGACCCAUCUGGUAUGUUGGCCGAGAGCCUGCUGCUGCAGCUGCCACAGGCAACAAGAACAUGCAUCUGGUGUCACUCAGAAGGUUCUUGGAUACAGCUUUCAACCUGGAGGCCUUUGAAGGAAAGACAUUCUAACUGCAGGGCCCUGACCUGUUUCUGACUGGUAGUCUCUCAAAACACUGCAUCCAAAAGGAAAGUGGGGACAAUACUGGAAAUGAUGUAUUUUUACUCUACUAAAUAAAAGAAUCCAGCAGCUGA